CUUGCAACCAUUCGUCUCGAAUCUCUCUUUUCUGCCUUGCACUCCUGAACGAGCACCGCCCUCCUUCGUGAUAAACUUCCUGCGAAAAAAAAACCCUGAAAUUCUCGUCUGGCAGAUUUCUCGGAUCCGGUACUUGAUUGUUGGGAUUCGCUGGUUUCGGACCCACAGUGAAGUGAAGUGAAAGCGAAGUGAAGAGCCGAAUCUUAAGACUCGAAGAUGGGAAAAGUUCUGCCGGUCUACGCGUCGAUCAUAAUUCUCUUGUUAUUCGGGAGGACCGCAGCUGAGGCGUCCGAUUGCGCAGACGUGGACGUGAAGCUGAAGCUGAUGACAUGCCAGGCCGCUGUGACAGGAGACCAUCCUCCUCUGCCGUCAGCAGAGUGUUGUGAUAACAUCAGCCACAUGAGCUUCGGAUGCUUGUGCUCUGCUCUCUCAUUGAACAUCUUCGAAGGCAUCAACAAAGAAGCUGCCAUAUCUCUCCCCAAGAACUGCAAACUCUCACUGCCUCCUGGCUCUCAGUGCUAACGAACGUGGUUUAUCAUGCAACAUUCACUGCCGCUUUCCAGCAUUGGAAAGCGGCAGUUCACCGAAGGAUCUGUGAUUACGAAACAAAACCUUCAGCUCUCGACCUGAUUUCCGUCGGCUCUGUACUUGUGUCCCACAUUGAAGCUCAUCUCAGCUCUAAGGAUCCAUACCUCAACCUUCGUUGUUGCCUUCGAUCGAGCUCUAUAUGUAGAUCUCAAAUCUGAGAAGUGAAGUAACGAUCGCGCGUUUUACCAAAUUGCUUCACCGCAGGCUCAUGUAGUUGGCGGCGCCAAAGAGCGGUGACAACAACUCCAAACGCAACUAGCACAUUUUAUGCCUUCACCUUCAAGCGAUCAUGGAUCUUCCGUAUAAUGGAACCAGGGUGCACUACGGCUACCUUUUGACGUUCAUCGGACCUUUUUAUGCUUAUAGAUACAGCCAGUCUGCUGGUGCAGUGGGUAACUGCAUACUUGUUUUGUGUUAGAGAGGGAACUCUUGUGCAAGAUGACAACGAGUUACUUGGGGUGAUAUAUAUAUAUUCAGUCGAAGUCAACUGAAAAUUCGUCUCACAUAAAUGGAUUACUCUUUCCGGCUCGCAUGCCUGCCCAAU